GGGCACACGUGUGUAUUCCCUCCACCUGGCCUACGCUAUUCAAUCAUCUCAACAAAAUAGUAUCCUUUCUUUAAUACGCUUUCGUACUAGGGUUUUAUCAGGGUAUAGCAAUGGAACACAAAGCGACACUCAAAACUGUAAUGGACAUGGCGACCAUGUCGUACAAGCCAGAGCCUCGCACAAACCAUUGAAAAUGGAAAGCUCAGACUCAAAAUCCGACAAAUCUCCGCCUCCGACACAUAAACUAGAAACUGAACAGUCUGAACCCGAACCCAAGAAACUGAAAAUGUCAACCACAACCACCGACGACGACGAAGACACCAGCACCGCCACUGCGGCUCCCGAAACCAACAAAAAGCAAAGAUACAAGCGCCGCAAGAUUGCGAUAUUCUUUGCCUACUGCGGCGUAGGCUACCAAGGAAUGCAAAAGAACCCAGGUGCCAAAACCAUCGAAUCCGAUCUUGAAGAAGCGCUGUUCCUCUCCGGUGCGGUCCCGGAACAGGACCGCAACAAUCCCAAGCGCUACGACUGGGCCCGCUCUGCCCGGACUGACAAGGGGGUCAGCGCCGUGGGACAGGUUGUCUCGGGCCGGUUCUACAUCGACCCGCCUGGCCUCGUCGAGCGGCUUAAUUCAAACCUCUCAUCUCAGAUCCGGAUAUUCGGGUACAAGCGCGUGACGGCUUCGUUUAACGCCAAGAAGUUCUGCGAUCGGAGGAGGUAUGUGUAUUUAAUACCCGUUUUUGCGCUUGAUCCCUCUUCGCAUCCCGAUAGAGAGAGCGUUUUGGCUAGUUUGGGAUCUGGGAAUGAGCUCGUUAAGUGCUUGGAAUGUUCUGAGAGAGGCCGUAAGGUCGUAGGUUUAAUGGGUAGGCGUAUUUUUGAGCCUAAGGGUAAUGUUGAGUCAGGCAUUACGUCAAGCAGUGGGGAUGCUAUUGAGGAAUCCAAUAUCAAAGAGGAAAGUACGGCUUAUUGGGAAAAUGGUGAAAAUCAUAUGUUUAAUUCUGAAUCUAUAGAGGAAGCCAAGGUUGUAGAUGACAGUAGAGCUUCUGAAAUUGCUGCGGUUGAAGCUGAAAUUCCUGCCCAAAACGAGGAUACUGAUGAGAAAGUAAACCUGCAGAAGGGUGCAAAGGGAGGUGGGUUUUUUUAUGGUGAGAAGGAGAGGGAAAAUUUCAAUAGAAUUUUGAAGUAUUAUGUGGGGACUCAUAACUUCCAUAACUUCACCACCAGAACAAAAGCCGAGGACCCUGCUGCUCUGCGCUUUAUUGUUUCAUUCAACGCAAACACUACGGUUACAGUCCAGGGUAUGGAGUUUGUCAAGUGUGAGGUUGUGGGGCAGAGCUUCAUGCUUCAUCAGAUUCGGAAGAUGAUUGGGCUUGCCGUGGCUAUCAUGAGGGAAUGUGCUCCAGAGUCACUGAUAGAAAAAGCUUUGCAGAAGGAUGUCAACAUUAACGUUCCUACUGCUCCUGAGGUUGGUUUGUACUUGGAAGAGUGCUUCUUCACGUCAUAUAACCAGAAAUGGAAAGACAGUCAUGAAGAGGUGUCGAUGAAAGCAUAUGAAGAAGAGGCAGAGGACUUCAAAAUGAAGCAUAUAUACUCUCAUAUAGCCUCAACAGAGCAUAAAGAAGGAGCCGUGGCCCUCUGGUUGCAUUCUCUCAACAACCGUAAUUAUCCAGAUUUACGUGUCGUCGUCGGCAAUGAAGACAUGAGUGACGGGAGAUGUAGUGAAAUGGAGAACGCGGUCGAGUAAUUUGUUCUGUCAGGAAAUGGGAUUUGGAGUGCUGCUAGACCUUUUUUUUAUGUCUUUUCUUUACAAUUUUCGUGUACUCUAAUUUUGAUCACCAGUAGAAAAUUUCACACCCGUUGGAUGUUAUAACCAAACUGUGUAUUCUACUUUCAGUUCAUGGGGCACAGUUCACAUAAUGUUAAAAAAUUUUGGUUAACCCAUUUAUCUCCCUAUAUAAAUUUGAUAUUACGGCCAAGUUUGAUGGGCUUAGUAGAAA